AUGGCCGCAGCAACUCCGAAUGUAUAUGACUUUAUCGUGGUGGGUGGUGGAACCGCUGGAAAUGUCGUUACAGGUAGAUUAGCAGAGAAUCCCGAGGUGAAAGUACUCGUGAUUGAAGCUGGAGUUGGUAAUCCUGAUGAUAUCCCAAUGAUAACAACGCCCGCUCGCGCAUUCGAACUCCGAAACAGCAAGUAUGACUGGUCCUAUCAGACGACCUUCGUCGACAAGCCUGACUACGAACGCAUUGAGAAACCAAAUACCCGUGGAAAGGUCCUUGGCGGCAGUAGCAGCUUGAACUACUUCACCUGGAUCCGUGGUAGUAGGGAAACGUAUGAUGCGUGGCAGGAGUACGGUGGGGAUGAAUGGACAUGGGAAAAGUGCAGACACUAUUUCGAAAAGGCAUGCUAUACAUCUGAGCAGAGAACCGGAGUAUUAUUUUCUAACAAGCUCAUCUUUAGCCGGCUUCAUAUCACGAUGAUGCAAGAGUGUACGAUUCGCGAUUUUCUAAGAUCGCACGGGAGGGUCCACUUCACAUUUCGCACGCAACUUUGCUCCCCGAAACUCGCGCUUUCCGAGAUUCUUCUCGAGGGCCUAACACACUGUGUUAGUACGGUCUAUGAGGGGGUCCGGUCAAGCAGCGCAGUAUACGUGACCGGGAAAGAAAAUGUGGAGAUAAUGCAUUCCACUGUCGCGACAAAGAUUAACCUGGAAGGUUAUACUGCAGUGAGUGUCACUGUUGUCGGAACAGAUGGGAACGAGACCACACUGAAGGCAAAGAAAGAAAUCAUUAUUGCAGGUGGGGUUUUCGAAACACCCAAGCUAUUGCUUCUUUCCGGCAUCGGUCCCCGGCGUGAACUGGCUCGUCAUGGAAUCGAUCCUGUGAUAACGUCCGAACAUGUGGGCGAGCAUCUUCUCGAUCAUCCUAUUCUCCCACAUGUUUUUAGACUGAAGGAUGGCUUAGGUCUGGAUCACAUUCUCCUUCGAGAGGGACCAGCCCACGAUUCUGCCGUGAAGCAGUAUGACGAGGAUAAAACAGGUCCAUUGGCUAGUGGCCUCCUUGAGAUGGUAGCCUUCCCACGCAUAGAUGCGCAACUCGAAGAAUAUAAGAUUUACCACAAAGCCAGGGCGAACAAUGGAGGCAAGGAUCCUUUCGGGCCUGAAGGCCAACCUCAUCUUGAGAUUGAUUUUAUUCCCAUGUUCUGUGAUGCAUUCCAGUGGCACUUCGAUAUCCCACCCGAGGGAGACUGGCUAACCGUUGUCGUCGACCUUCUUCAUCCACAGUCAAAGGGCGGGUAUGUCAGACUCACUUCGAUAGAUCCGCGUGAGCAAGCCGACAUCAAUCUCAAUUACUUUACUGACGAACUGGAUAUUCUCGCUUUGAGAGAGGGUGUUCGAUUCGUUGAUGAUGUACUUAUGAAUGGCGAAGGGAUGAAAGAGAUCAUUGCUGAGGACUUUCCGUGGCCCAUGCCCCGUGAGUCAGAUGAAGAAAUGGAUCGCCUAAUUCUGGAUCGGGCGCAGACUGGAUAUCAUCCCUGUGGCACUGCCAGAAUGUCUGACGACAUCUAUCAAGGUGUGGUAGACUCUCAGUUGAGGGUUCACGGUGCUAAGAGGCUUCGUAUUGUCGACGCGUCCAUUAUUCCAGUCAUUCCUGACUGCCGGAUCCAAAAUGCAGUAUACAUGAUUGGAGAAAAGGGUGCCGACAUAAUCAAAGCGGCUUAUCCAGAGCUCUACAAAUAA